AUCCCUCUCUCACUAUCUAGCUCUUAGAAGCGCUAAUAUGCAUCAAGGUUAGACAAAUGAAAGUAAUGAUAAAGUGUGGCUGAAUUAGGGAAGGGAAGUUGGUGACCGCUAUAUACACACCCAAAACCGUGUGUUUGUGCCUUUUGGUUCUGCGUUUUAAUGGGUCUUACUUCACUGCAAGUUUGCAUGGAUUCAAAUGAUUGGCUGCAGGGCACGAUUAACGAUGAUUCUGGAAUGGAUUCUUCUUCACCAUCUGGGGAUAUGCUCACUUGUUCAAGGCCCUUGAUAGAGAGAAGGCUUAGGCCCCCACAUGACCAAGCUCUCAAAUGCCCUAGGUGUGACUCAACACACACCAAAUUUUGUUACUACAACAACUACAGCCUCUCCCAGCCAAGGUACUUUUGCAAGACUUGCAGGAGGUACUGGACCAAAGGAGGCACCCUGAGGAACAUCCCUGUGGGUGGUGGAUGUAGAAAGAACAAGAAAGUGUCUAAGAAAUCAAACGAUCAAUCAGUUAACCAAAUUAACCCUGGAUCAUCAUCCUCUCACAAUCCUACUGAUCUUCAACUUUCAUUUCCUGAGGUGCAAUUUUCACACCUAAAUAACAUACUUGGUUCACAAGGAACAAUUGCAACCUCUAACUUCAUGGAUAGCAAGUAUAAUAUCGGUAUGCUAGAAAACCCAAGGCCUAUAGAUUUUAUGGAUAGUAAGUUAGAAGCUUUAGUGGGAAGCUCUAGGAAUUAUGAUUUCAUGGGGAAUGGUGACUUGGGUAUGGUUAGUGGGCUCGGAGAUACGAGUCAUCAUCAUGGGUUAGCACCAAAUUUUAGUGGUCUUUGCUCUCCAUUUGGGAUGUCCCUUGAUGGAAACAGUGGCACUUUCAUGGAAACUUGCCAAAGGUUAAUGCUUCCUUAUGGCCAAGGAAAUAGUGAUCAAAAUGCAAUUGAUGUGAAGCCAAACACCAAGCUCUUGUCCCUUGACUGGCAAGACCAGGGUUACUCUGAUGGUGGGAAGGACACAUUUGGAUACCUAAACAAUUUAGGAUCAUGGACAGGCAUGAUGAAUGGUUAUGGAUCAUCCCCGACCAAUACUUUAGUGUAAUCCAAUCCAAAGAUCCUAUAGCGUGAUCACUGGUUGUGGACUCAUCUGCAUUCUAGGUCAUCCAGUAAUUACUUAGUAAUUGCCUUUGAUGGAAAGGUUUUUUGCAUGUUUUUUCUAUGAAGGCGUGGUCUCCAAAUCUCAUUGACUCUACGAACAGCAAGAGUGUGAAUGUGAACAACGAGAGUCCAAGAAUGACUGCUUAGUAUCUUACUAUUUGUUUUCAUGUUCUUAUCUUGUUCCUAUCUUUUAUUAAUUUGGUGUAUGAUCAGAUUCAAACAUGCAGGAUUUUGUUUUGUUGUUUAAUCGAGAAAGAUAUAGCAGUGCUUUUUUAGCUUAAAAAA